GGGCGGAGGGUCGGGGGAAGUUCACCGCGAGCCCGCAGCCGGAGGUCGGCCAGGCGGCGGAGGCGGAGAGCAGCAGCAGCUCCAUCUCCUCAGGCCCGGGCUCCGGGCGUCCCUCUCAACGUCCUUUCACACCGCAGUCCCCAGCUUAGGUUGACAAGAAACAAGCCAUGAAUGUGGGCACUGCUCACAGUGAAGUGAACCCAAAUACCCGGGUUAUGAACAGCCGUGGGAUCUGGCUGUCUUAUAUCCUGGGGAUAGGUUUGCUUCACAUCAUUCUGUUGAGCAUCCCAUUCUUCAGUGUGCCAGUGGUAUGGACACUCACUAAUGUUAUUCACAAUAUGGGAAUGUACAUAUUUCUGCACACUGUGAAGGGAACGCCAUUUGAAACUCCAGACCAAGGAAAGGCACGGCUGCUGACACACUGGGAACAGAUGGACUAUGGCGUACAGUUUACAGCCUCGCGCAAAUUCCUCACAAUCACACCUAUUAUCUUGUAUUUUCUUACCAGUUUUUACACAAAAUACGACAAGUUACAUUUUGUUAUAAAUACAGUUUCGCUGAUGAGCGUCCUCAUCCCAAAGCUGCCUCAACUUCAUGGAGUCAGAAUCUUUGGCAUCAACAAGUACUGAAGACAGCAUGAUGACACACGUGAAAGAAAACACUUUUAGAACAGCUAUCAGCGGCAAGGACACUUCGUGUUCAGAUAUUAGGACUUAUACCCUGCGCCCUAUAAUCUCUUAUCAUGGACUUUUUAUUAUGAAUAGUAUAUUUGUGAAUGAAGCAGCUCAAGUUGGUUGCUCAAGUAUCACAUUAAAUGUUUGCAGUGCUCGGAAUAGGAAGCCUGCUUUUUCGUUUACUGCCUGUAGAUCCUAUUUUCACAAAUGAUAAUUUUGAUACCUUGAUUUGCCAUUAUUAAGUGAGGAGACUUUGGUAUUGUAAACAUUUAGUUACUGCAGUAUGCAAAUUUGCUGUCCACUGUGACCAAGCAGAUGUAAAAGUAUAAUGUGUAAAUACUGUAAUGAAGGUAGAUUUAUGAAGAUAUGCAGUUUGAAUAAUGAUUGCAAAAGAUUUGUUUUCAGUGUCAUAAUAGAAGCAGUUGCUGAAGAUUCUAAUAUCAUGCAUGCUGCAAAAUGGCAGGAUUGAUUAGGUGUCCUUCACUAUUGAGAUACUUGGAAACAUUGUCUAUUGGCUUAGUGGCCUCUUUGAAGAAACAGUGCUGGUCUUACUGUGCAUUUUUAAUUACUAUCUUUUGCAGAUAAUUUUAUUUAUUUUUUUCGUUUUCCCCAUUUCACUCAGUGUUGUUUGAGAGAAAAUUACUUGGGAGAAUAUAAGCAAUAGUAAGGAUGUGUUUUGAAGCACAGCUUAUGAAUGUUUGAUUUAAAAAGGUGUUUGUUUUUGGAUUUUUUUAAUGUAUAGUGUUAAAUAAUAUAGAUUCUGUGUGUUAAUGAGAACAGUGAUUGAAACUGGAUACUUAAAUCUGUCUACCCAGGGUUUGUUUGUAUGGAAUCUUAGAAUGGGAUGUUAAUUGUUGGAAUACUGCAAAACAUCAGUGAUCAUGCAUUUUCCUAUACGUUUGCCAUGUUGCCUAACUUGCAUUCCUUUUAAAACAAAAAUGUAAUGCUGGUUGUAUCUGAUCUGUUUUUCUGUCAGAGUAUAUUGUAAUUUAAACUGGCCGAAGAGAUGUGUAUGAAUUUCAUCAGGUUUUUACUGGAUGGCAGCAAUGUACCUGACUUCUUUUAUACUGUCAUAUAACUGUUGCACAUUUGAAGUGCACACCAGUACAGCUGGAAUUCCUUGCAGUCUGCUAAGACUACAAAAUGACAGCACUGUGAAUCAUGUUUUAAGCAAUAACAUAUGAACACAUGUCCCAUAGCAAGGGAAUUGAAGGCAUGCCUAGAUGGUGAGGCUUUGACUGCUAUAUACAUUUAGAUUGCUGAACCUUGGUUUUUAAGAAUCUGGUUUUGGAACUAGGUGGAAGGAAAGAGCUGAAGUUAAAAUUCUCAAUCUCCAUCCAGUUGCUAAGAAUGUAAAACUACCUGAUUUGGAAUGUCUUGACAAGCCCGCCAAGACAAGUGAAGGUUCCUGAUCUUAGAAAUGCUACUACAGUGAUGCAGUUGGAGUGAAGACAUAUUGCUAAUACUGAUGGUGCUGAUUGCUUUAGCAGAUGUGAAGUAUUACUUUUCCCAAUGGUGAAUAUCUGAACCAUGUAGAUUGGGAAGGAGGGAGAGGCCAGGAUCAUGUCCCAUUUUUUGAUUCCAGUCAGAUUAGCUAACUGCAGCUGGGACAGAGAUAAGGUCUAAUUGCCUCUAGUCCACAAAGCUGGAAAAUCAAUCAGUUUGCAAAAACCAUUGGGCAACCAUCUUCUGGAGAUGUGCCAGUGUCGAUGUUGGGCAAGAAGGUGAUUGAACUCUGUUCCCCUUCCUGCUGAAUCUCUAAAGCUUCACGCAUGAAAUCUAGGAAUACAAACAGCAAUUAAUAGAAGUAUUGAAUGGUCAUGUAAGAAUAGUAGGCACUUGGAAAAACUGCCAGUUUUGGUGGAGUAUGGGAAUGGAACACUAUGAAUAGGGAAGAAGUAAAUCCAUUUCCAUUCCCACCUUUCAUUCCCUGCUAAGGUACACAUGUAAGUAUGUUACUACUUUUGACGAGACUUUCAACAUAUUGAAAAGUCCUGAUCUUUUAAAGAAAUCUGCCAUAUUUUUAAUCUUUAAAAAUUAUGCUUACAUUGGGAAGUGUAUCCUGAGGUAUUUUAUCAGGAAUAGUCUACCAGCAUAAUCGAUUAGAGUGCCCAGUUAUUGGCAGUAAUUAAAAGUUUACAGUGUUUUCUAAAUCUGGGAAUUUAAUCAUAAUCUUUUUUUCUUGCACUAUUACUCAGUUGGAGAAGAAAUAUUCAAAUUGCACUUUUUUAAAAUGUUUAUAAGCCUAUGCUGAUCUCCUGCAGCAAGGAGGAAACAAAGAAAACAAUUGGACUUCAGACUUUAAAUAAAUGCCCUCAAAUUAACAUAUCUCUCAAAGUUUUGAAACUAAAACACAUUACUUAUCAAAUAGUUAACAACUGCAGCAGGUUAACACUGUCACACUUGUUUCUGUAGGAGCACAAUUCUCUGCUUUUUAGUUUGACUAUUAAUGAAAUCUGUCAUUUACAGGGCUUAGUUUGCGUCAUGUUAUUCAAACUCUGUGAAAGGUUAUGCCAGUGAAAGGGUUAACCUAUAUCCAGGAUUUGUUAAACAUUUUAAAAUAUUGCUUUACUGAUCUGAUGCAUUGUAUAAGAUGAUUAACGCCUUGAAUUUAUCAAUUUUUGAAUGCUGGUAAUGAAAUACGUGGCUGUUUUUAUAGUAUUUUGAUGGGUUCUGGAUUGUCAAAAAGUAACUAACGUCUGUGGUGAAAAACAGUAUCGACUUUUGUUUCACCCACAAUUCCCUUCCACUUUCAGUAUGUAUCAUAAAUAUUAAUGGGUGAUGGGUUGGUACUGAUUAAGUACCAGUGCUAUCCCUAUCCUAAAAAUAAAGUAGUAAAUGUGGGAAUUGAUGUAUUUUAGAACAAUUCAGGGUCAAAUUCCUGCAUUAUUUUUAUAGUGGUUGUAAAAGGUACGAAUACCAAAACUAUUUUGGUUGAAUCUAAAUUAAAUAUAUGGCAGGCUGGGCCUUUUGAAUUUUAUACCAGUCUAUCAAUUGUGAUAUUUACCAUUUGAAGAAUUAUUUGCAUUGGGGAUUAGUGAGUUUGUGUUUGAACAUCAUGUAAAUAAGAGUUAAUUAAGCAUCUGGUGUAAAAGGGUUCUAUAUGCCAACUGCCCUUCUGCACAUAGAUGUUUUUUCAUCUAGAUCUUUGUAAGAAAGUGUGAAUAAUAUUUUUAUUACUCCUUUGUACAGUAUUCUGAUAUUUAAUAAAGGACAGUAUUCAUGUAA